GCGCCGCAGCAUCCGACAAAGGGCGCCUGGCGGCGCUGGAUGGCGUGCGCUGUUUUGCCCUUCUAUGGGUCUUUGCGCUUCACUCUUUCCGCUCGGAGUUUGUGAAUGUGUAUACCGGAGAGCAGCUUGCCGAUCCCAAGCUCCGCAAAGGAGUUCUGCUGCAGUGGCGGAGCCAGCCUGCUCUUCAAGGCAACACCGGGGUCGAUGCCUUUCUCGUGCUUAGCGGCAUGCUGAUCAGCAGCGCCUACUUGCAGAAAGAUGUUCAGAGGCUUCCGCGCCCGCUUCACGCGGCUCUCUUCUGCCUGCGCCGCUUCUUUCGUAUCUGGCCCAUGGUCGUCGCUGCCGUGGUCACCGCCUUCCUCAUGGCUGCGGGCUCUCCAGACUUCGCGCUGCACUGGCGGUCGGACCUGGCCUGGCCAUACUUGAUUUUGAUGCAAAACUUCUUCCGGAACAGUCUCGGAAUCACAGGCAUCGGCCACCUUUGGAGCGUCAGUGUCGAGAUGCAGAUGUAUCUCCUUACGCCUUUGCUUUGCGAGCUGAUCUUCAAUGUUUCGGCUGGUCGGCGCCGCCGCGGUGCUUUCGCUUUGCUCGGAGGCCUUUCCCAGUUGAGUCUCGGGCUCCGGGCUUGGUGGGUCUUCGGACCGCCGCAGAUGAUGGACGAGCCGUGGUGGCCUCCCCCGCCGCUCUAUACCAAUGUCUUCGCCCGGAUCUCACCCUACCUCAGCGGCAUGGCACUGCACUUGGCCUUGCAG